GGGAUAAGGGUUAAAGCGUGUACGAUCGAUACGACCAGGUGAUCGCCAUUCUCAAACCGAAACCAGGGCCUGCCCGACAAUGAGGCCGGUUAACUAUCCGCGUCCUCCGUGCUGCUACAGAUCACCAUUCGUUAGUUAGAGAACUGAUUUGUAUUGGAAAAUUGGGAGACAAAUUUGAUACAGGCCAAAAGACGCUGCCCUGGAUCGAAUCUGCGAAUCUUCGAAUCUCAUUGACUGCCAAAACUUGUCACGAUCACCAACAGAGUACAGAACAGAGACCCUUGCGGAAAUGUCGCCUCGUAUCUUUGCUUUCUGAUGUGUCGAUCAAUCAAAGCACAAAUUGAAGACCAUUCAUGGAAACAGUUCAACCCUUUUCAGAUUUUGAAGGGCAAAAUGAAGACCAAUCAUGGAAACAGUUCAACCCUUUUCGGAUUUCGAUGGGUUACUGAGCUGUGUUAGCUUUUGUUAUUAAUUGGGUUUCAAUUUCAAUUCACGUUUGCAGUGCCGAAUCUCAACUUGGGUCUCUGUCAGUGAUGGCGAAGGAAGCAGGAGAGGUUCCUCUUCUUGGAAAUUCUGCUGCAGGGACCUCUUCGUGGGCUCAAACGUUUGGAAACAUCAUAGUUGCCAUCAUCGGCACAGGCGCCUUAGGCCUCCCUUAUGCUUUCAAGGUUGCAGGUUGCCUCGCAGGAGCUCUAGGAGUAACCAUCGCAGGCAUCUCCACUUAUUACUGUAUGCUUCUCGUAGUUCAUUGCAGGAGUAGAUUAGCUUCUACCUCAUCAUCAUCUGGUGAUGAAUGCGAUGAAAUUCAGACAUAUGGGUAUCUGGGUUACAAAGCAUUCGGAAGAUCAGGUCGGUACUUCACCGAAUCCCUCAUAGUAGUCUCGCAAUUCGGAGGUGCUGUAGCUUAUCUUGUCUUCAUAGGUCAGAAUUUGUCAUCUAUAUUCAGAACCCACAACCUCAGCUUCUCUUCGAUUAUAUUCCUUCUUGUCCCAAUCGAAAUUACUCUCUCUUGGAUUCGUUCCCUCUCUGCUCUCGCCCCUUUUAGUAUCUUCGCUGAUAUAUGUAAUAUACUGGCAAUGGCGGUUGUUAUGAAGCAAGACCUCCAACUGUUCGACGGAUUUUCUGAGAGGAAAAUGAUUACAAGCUUUGCAGCGUUUCCAUUCGCCGGGGGCGUUGCUGUGUUUUGUUUUGAGGGUGUUGGUAUGACAUUGGCUUUGGAGAGGUCUAUGAGAGAAAGGAAGAGAUUUCCAUGGGUGCUUGGAAUGGCUUUCUUAGGGAUAACGCUUGUCUAUGUGUUGUUUGGGUUAUUUGGUUAUUUGGCUUAUGGAGAUCAAACCAGAGACAUUAUAACCCUCAAUCUUCCAAAUGAUUGGUCUGCUGCGGCUGUCAAGGUUGGGCUAUGUUUGGGACUGACUUUCACAUUCCCAAUCAUGUUGCACCCUAUCAAUGAGAUCAUAGAGGAAAAGCUGAAACAAAGUGAGUGGUUUCAGAAACUUUGCCAUUACAAUUCAGGCAGAGGAGGAGCAACAGAGAUGUAUUUGGUGUAUAUAAGCAGAGCCCUUGUGGUGUUGGUGGCAGUGAUGCUAGCUUCGAAGGUCCCUAGUUUUGGUGUGUUUGUGUCAUUGGUGGGGAGCACGUUAUGCGCACUGCUCUCCUUCUUCUUGCCGGCAUUGUUUCAUCUCAUCUUCUUUGGGGAUUCUCUGCGUUUGUGGCAGAGGGGUUUGGAUUACUGCAUCUUGGCUUGUGGGUUGGCUUUUGCUGCUUAUGGUACUUACAAUGUUGUAGCCAAGAGAAACUCUACAGGUUCUUAAAAGAUUACUUCUGGUAGUAUUGAAUCAUGUAUCUUUCAUCGCUCUUGUAGACUAGAACGCAUUGGGAAGUUCAAAGAAAAAUCGGAGUUGCAUGUUUCUCUUGUAAGCAGCAUAGACUUUUGAAACCAAUAACCAUGAAGUCUAGUUCAUUCUUUAAUGGCCUUAAGUUUAGGUCCAAUUAAGGCUCAUACAUGGUAAUUAGAGUCUUGUAUUUAGUUGCGGCUUUCUUGUAACUUUUUUAAAUUUCAAAGGGCAUUAUUGUAAUUUUAUUCAAUAACAAGUUUUGGGGUUUAUCUA